AUGUCAUUAUCGGCACUGGCCUCGUCAAGGCCACUCGGGAACGGCCGAUGUCUGCGCCGGGCCAACGUUGCCUUUCUUGCAGUACCUCUCCAGGCGCGCAAUGCCAACAGUUUCCGGAUCCGGGCCACCCCACUGCGACCCGAGCAGCGACGAUGUCAGUCCGACGAGACAGAGUCCAAUCUUUCAGAGUCAUCGAGGAAGCCGCCGCCUCAGCCGAAGCUUACCCUUCGUCAACUCACCGGGCGUGCCCUCACCGUCGGUAUCCGCAACCUGGCCUACCUGACCAGCCGCAAGGGCUUCAGGCAGGUAUCGCGAGACUCCCCAGUCACUACGGCUCUGGUCAUUGUUCUGCUAGUCACGACCAUCACCUUGAGCGCCGUAGUACUGCGCGUCUUCUACAAGACCUUUUACAACCCCGAGAUAAGCCGGUAUCCCGAGCCGCUAGCCACGACCCUUCGCCGCGCAAUCUACUACACGACGAUCCGACCCGACGCCGACCGGGCGCUCAAGUUUUACAAGAAGGCCAUGGCUGAGACUCGGCAGCUGGGGCUGGACCCUCUGUCGGACCGCGUGCUGGGCAUCCGCAUCCUGGUGGCCUUCUGGAUGGAGAAGAACGACAGGCUUAGCGACGCCGCCGAGGUGCUCGAGUCCGUGCGCAGGGACUGUCUACAGUGGGUUGACGGCAUGGAGCAGCGAGCCAAGGACGGACAGAUCGGGCCGGACGGCCGAUUGAAGCCCGACGCCGACGGCCAGUCUACCCCCGCCACCGCCAACGUCGACGACAAGAAGGAGCCGCAGCAGCAGAAGCUGGUCGAUCUAGAGUGGGGACCCGAGGCGGAAGAGGCCAGAGAGAAGAGCGAGACCCAGUGGCUCCGUCGCGAGCGGCUCCUGAAAAAGGCCGUGUCCACGAGCGUCAAGCUGGGCGAGAUCUACGCGGACCCCCACGUCCUCGACCCAGACAACUCCCAUCGCCACCUAGUAUGGUCGGUGGAGACGACGCUGAAGGAGUUCCGCCGACGCCGCCUCGAGGGAGCCAAGCCGGGUGAGGGGGAGUGGAUGACGCCCGCCGAGGUCGGUGGCACCAUGGAGUCCCUGGGCCGUGAUUACGAGCGCAAGUCGCACUUCCACCUGGCCAUCCCCCUGUUCUUCCAGGGCCUGCGCAACUGCGAGAGCCCCUGCCACCGCGCCGUCAUCAUGAACAACCUGUCGGCCUGCUUCGCCCAGCAUCCCAUCUAUAGCCCCACCGCCUCGGGUGGCGAAGGCAUCGGCAGCAGCCCGGGGGCCGAGACGGAGACGCAGUCCCUCAAGGCCAUCUUCGACUCCGCCAUGCCCAACUCCCGCGCCGACUGCCUGGACGCGGCCGUCAACUGGGCCCGCAACGCCUACAUCCACGCCCGCGACGUGCAGGGGGAGGACCGCACGCCCGAGUGCGACGAGGCCUGCGCCGUGGCCCUGUGCAACUGGGGCGACGUGGCCGCCAUGCAGGGCCGUCCGGACGUCGCUCGCAACAAGUACAACCAGUGCAUCGAGCUGAGCGCCAAGCUUGACUUUCCCGAGGGCGUAGCAAAGGCCCAGGAUGGUCUGAGGAUACUGGCGGCCAGGAAGAGCAGGAAAUAG